AUGAGUCAAACCCAUGCUAAAGUGUGCGAUAAAAAACUUAAAACCGCGGAAAUAAAACUUUCCAAGAUACUUAGUAAAAUAGAAAAUGUUAAACUCAGCAAUUUUUAUAUAUCGCGUCUACGUUUGCCCGAUUAUAGAAAACGGGUGGAUUCAAAAACUUCAAACCGCAAUUUCAAAUAUUAUUAUGUCAGUAUUGCCCCUUUCAUUAUUGCGUUAAGUGUUUGGUGGGUGUAUUCAAAGUAUGCUUCUGAGAGGUGCGCUCUGGAGGUGCCGCCCACCUCCCUCACGCUGUUCCGGCCCCCCGAGGACUGUUCGAUGUGCGUGGACGUGGACGAUAUACAGCGUCUCGCAAAUAUCACGCCAGAGGAGUUCGAGGAACUUUAUGCAUACGGCACAAAACCUGUCAUCGUCACCGACGCCACCGCAAACUGGCUGGCCAUGAAGGAGUUCAGUUUCGAGUUCUUCGCCGACUUCUACCGCGGCGGCGACAUGGGGCGAAAGACCAACGAGUGCUUCUUCUUCGCGUACAAGUCCGGCUUGGGGUCGCUGCACGAGGUGUUCUCUAUGGACCAGAGGAGGGCCAACCUGUCGGCGGAGCCCUGGUACGUCGGCUGGAGCACCUGCUUCGACGGGGAGACGAGACGCCUGAGGCAGUAUUACAGCCGGCCGUAUUUCCUGCCGAGGACCGCCGAGAGCGACACCAUCGACUGGAUCUUCAUGGGGGGACCCGGACAGGGCGCGCACAUGCAUGUGGACUCAGUUCGGCGGGUGUCGUGGCAGGCGCAGGUGCGUGGCAGCAAGCGAUGGCAGCUGGCGCCGCCACCAGAGUGCCUCUACGCCUGUCGCUGGCUCACCUUCGCCGUACAACCCGGCGAGAUACUGGUGGUGGACACCAACCGUUGGUACCACAAGACGAGCGUGCUGCCGGGAGACAUCAGCAUCACAAUAGGCGCAGAAUACGAU